GGGGCGAGCAGGCAGCCAGCUAACUUCAGCCUGGAGAGAUGGAGAAGUCCCUGAGGUGCAGACCAGACGUCCAGCUUUUAAACUGACUUGCCCUGCAACAAAUAACCUUUUCCCCGCCAGGAAUUGCUACAAUUGGCAUUUGUUGGAAAUGACCCCUGGGGGCCUCUACGGUGGUUGGACCUUCCUUUUGCUGUUUCUGGUACCCCUUCCCUGCCAACCGUGCCCUGUUCCUUGUGAAUGUUCUGAGCCAGCUCGUACAGUGAAGUGCGUCCAGAAGGAACUGACCUCCAUCCCAGCUGGUAUUCCUGGGUACACCCGCAACCUCUUUAUAACUGGCAACCAGAUUGCCUAUGUUGGUAGCCAGGAUUUCCAAGGACUCCGCAAUCUGGUCACACUCUCCUUGGCUAACAACAGGAUUAAUGCUGUGGAGUCCCACGCCUUCUCUGGUCUCCAGAACCUGCGUUACUUGGACUUGAGUUAUAACCACUUAGUCACCAUCCACCCUGAUGCUUUCAGUGCUAGAAACAAUUCAAUCCAGGAGCUGAAUCUCAGUCACUCACUGUACAACUUCUCUGCCAUCCGUCCGGUGGCAGCUGCCCUUGUCCAAGGGGGUUUCCAGAAUCUCUCCAAGCUUGAACUCACCAGCAACAAGAUCAUCUACUUGCCGCUUGGAAUGUUCUCCAGCCUCCCUAAGCUUGAGUACUUAGACUUGAGGAACAAUUCCUUGAUCGAUAUUAAGAACUCUACCUUUUCUGGACUCCACCUGAAGUACCUUGAUUUGACCUCAAAUGCCUUCAAAACUUUGAGGAGUGAAGCUUUGUUGGCCCUGGAGAGGCAGUCCCACCUUAGCCUCUUUCUGAAAGACAAUCCUUUUGUAUGCAACUGUGACAUUGAAGAACUGGUCACCUGGCUGAACCAAAGCCGACAAGUAGUAGAUGUGGAAAAACUAGCCUGCAUUUCCCCCCAGGAUCUCAAGAACACCUCCUUGGUGGAACUAGUGGGAGCAGAUCUGGAGUGCCACUACAGUCAACGUAGUGAAAAUGUCCUUCAGUCCUCCUAUGCUGCAUUAGGUAUCGUUCUGGGGAUAAUUGGCAUCAUCUUCCUCUUUGUGCUUUACCUGAAUCGCGAGGGAAUCAAGACCUGGAUGAACGGUCUACGGGAUGCUUGCCAGAACCUGAUGGAGGAGUACCACUAUCGUUACGAAAUGGAUUCUGAUCGCCGCAUCACACAAAUCUCCGCAGUGGACAUAUGACCUCCGAUCGUUUUCCGUCUUUUCUUUGCAAUGGCAUCUUUUUUUUUGUUUUUUUUCCCAAACAAAGCCUGUGGCUUGGAGAUGUUCUUUCCAUCAAAAACUACAUUUUAAAGAACUUAUAGAUUAAGAUCUGUGUAGAUUCAAGGAACUUCCUUUCCUACUCACAAGGAAUUUCUCUAGGUGGUUUGACUAACUGGGGACAAACGAUUGCAUUCUUUUAGUGCCAGUCUUGUAAUUUUUGAGGGGUUAGGCAAGUCAACAUGUGUGAUGUGUUCAAAUAUUUAGAUUCCUAGAAGAAUAGGUGUCCUGGAUUCUUGCAGUCCAUCCGAACUAAGAUAAUUUUAUCUUGUUCUAUACCAGCGGUCUGCAAACUUGGUUCUUUUAAGACUUGUGGACUUCAACUCCCAGAGUUUCUCAGCGAGCUUUGCUGGCUGAGGUACUCUAGGAGUUGAAGUCCACAAGUCUUAAAAGAGCCAAGUUUGCAGACCCCUGUUCUAUACCAACAAGACCAUUUAUCAACAUGGCUCGUUGGGGUAACCAAUUCCUUAGUUACAGUGGGAUUUUGGUUUGUCGCAUGUUCUGCACUCUAGACCCAGGUGGCACGCAGAAUCCUCUCUGAGCAAGCCAGCUGUCGCCCCAGCCCAGCCUUACCACACAUGCGCACACGCCUCCCGCCAGCCAGCUGGUCUUUGGGUCUCUGCUACGCAUGCGUGGGCGCAGGGCGCAUGCGUGGGGGGGGGGCGCAGGUUAGUGCAGGCGGCUUUUCAGGCCCAAAAUGGGAUGCAGGAGGGCCUCGCGCAGCGCCCCCACGCUCUGUUGUGGGCCUGGAAAGUUUCCUGCACACGCAUCCGUGUGUGAAUUUGCGCGCAGGUGCGCACUUUGGGCACUCGGCACCAAAAAGGUUCUAGACCCAGGUUUCUGACCCUGAACCACUUUAAGAUGCUUGGACAGCAGCUGCCAGAAUUCUGAGAAUUGCUGAUCAUACAUCUUGGUGGCCCAGGAUUGAGAAAUCCUGUUCUUAGCGGACAGAUGGAGCAUUAUGUGAAGAACCAACAAUAGUGUGCCAAUAAUUCUGAUCUUCUUACAGAAGAGGAGGAAUAGCAGUAGAUUAAGAAAAAGCAGGUGUAAUCUUGACUCCCUCAUCUCCAAUUCCUGGGAGAACUGCAAGGAAUAUUUUUCUUUACUGUUUGUGAUAUCGGAAAUCCGGACAGUCCACCCAAGACAGUCUUCCUUGCAGGCAGGAAGAGACGAGCAAAGUUUAUCCUUCAGAAAUGGUAGAUCUCUGAUUAGGGAUCAACAGCCGUAGAAACGGUUGAAACCAAGUCCUGCUCAUGAGCAUCCCAAAGGAAUCUGACUUGUCAUUAGAGGGAUCAAACUGCUCGACUUUCUACAUAUCGAUGUGUUCGGCAGGGCCUGUGUGAAACUCAACCAGCUUGAUUCACGAGCAUAACUAAGAUGAGAUCCGGUUUACUUCUCUCCUAUGACUUACAGGCUAUGCGAACUAGCCAAUGUGAUUUUACAGCUGUGGACUGUGAUUUUAUAUGAAUAUAUUGUGCGAGCACACCCAAUUGUAUAUGUGUGUGCGUUUCAGUAAAUCAGAGUUAAGUAAACUACAGGUGAGGACUCCAGAGGUGGGUUUCAGCAGGUUCUGACCAGUUCUGGAGAACCGGUAGCAGAGAUUUUGAGUAGUUCGGAGAACCGGUAGUAAAAAUUCUGACUGGCCCCACUCCCAUCUAUUCUUUGCCUCCCAAGUCCCAGCUGAUUGGGAGGUAAUGGAGAUUUUACAGUAUCCUUCCCCUGCCAUGCCCACCAAGCCACACCUACCAAGUCAUGCCAUGCCCACCAAGCCACAUCCACAGAACCGGUAGUAAAAAAAUUUGAAACUCACCACUGGUUCUGACUAGUUCUGGAGAAUCGGUAGUGGAAAAUUUGAGUAGUUCAGAGAACCGGUAAAUACCACCUCUGACUGGCCCCGCCCCAUCUAUUCUCUGCCUCCCAUGUCUCAAAUGAUCGGGAGGAAAUGGGGAUUUUUGCAGUAACCUUCCCUGGAGUGGAGUGGGAAUGGAGAUUUUCCAGUAUCCUUCCCCUGCCAUGCCCACCAAGCCAAGCCACACCCACAGAACCAGUAGUAAAAAAUUUUUUGAAACCCACUACUGGAGCACUUACUGCCAUAAUUCAAAAGUAUAAGUGACUUGGCAUGGGUGACAGUAGAAGGAAAGUGUAUGGAAUUAGGAAUCUGUUGUGCUUAAUUCAUUCCAUGAAUUCCACUGAAUUAAACCAACAGGAUACAGGCUUAGCAUUAAAAGGACGAUCCUAUGUGCAUGUACUUUGAUGGGAGGUAGCAUGAGCCAGGAAGCUGGCUCGCCGGGGGGAAUUCUGGGAGUUGAAGUCCACACAUCUUAAGGUUGCUGAGGUUGAGAGACACUGGCUAUUAUUUUGGGAAGUACGCAAAGGGCAAGAACGUUUAAUAAGGUCAAGAGCUGAUAAAAUAAGGAGUCACAAUUUGGAGGCCCAGUUGCAGAAUUCAAGUGCAAGUAUAGAUUGGGCUCUCAAGCUGGCAUUUGAUGCCGUAACCUAGGCAUGCAGCUGGUGAAUUAAUAAGAAAUUAAAAUUCCUUACCCAUAUUGUGUGCAAUAUGGGAAAAUAUAACAGGUGGGUAGGCAUCAGUUCUAGACUUCAGCACGUGAUACAUUAAAAAAACAAACAAACUUCCAAGGUUGCCAAGCAUCUGGUACAACAUUAUGUUUUAUUGUAUUGAAAAAAAAAAAUGUCAUAGU